AUGAAGCUAAUUAUUGAAGAGAGUGGAGAGGCGGUGGCUGAGUUUGCAGCGCGUUAUGUGGCUCGACGAAUUCGUCAAUUCUCACCGAAUCCUGAGAAACUUUUCGUUCUUGGACUGCCAACGGGGUCAACUCCUUUGGGAAUGUACAAGAAAUUGAUCGAAUUGCAUAAGAAAGGUUUUGUCUCGUUUCGUUUCGUCAAAACGUUCAACAUGGAUGAGUACGUUGGCCUUCCUCGCGAUCAUCCAGAGAGUUAUCACUCGUUUAUGUUUCAAAAUUUCUUCCGUCAUAUUGAUAUUGAUCCAAAUAAUGUAAAUAUUCUUGAUGGAAAUGCUGAGGAUUUAGAAAAGGAAUGCGCUGAAUAUGAGCGAAAGAUUGAAGAAGCCGGUGGGGUUGAGUUGUUUGUUGGAGGUAUUGGCCCUGAUGGUCAUGUGGCGUUUAACGAGCCGGGCUCAUCGCUUGCCUCUCGAACGCGGAUCAAAACGUUAAACGCCGACACGAUUCAAGCCAAUGCUCGCUUUUUCGAAAACGAUCUCUCAAAAGUGCCCACGCAAGCAUUGACGGUCGGUGUGCAGACGGUAAUGGACGCAAAAGAGGUUGUGAUAUUGAUCACUGGUGCUCACAAGGCAUUAGCUUUGCAUAAAGCGAUUGAAGAAGGCGUCUCGCAUAUGUGGACUGUUUCCGCUUUUCAAAUGCACCCACUGGUGACUUUCAUCGCUGAUGAGGAUGCCACUUUGGAGUUGAAAGUGAAAACGGUGAAGUACUUCAAAGGUCUAAUGGCGCAUCACAAAAAGUUGAUUGAA